AUGGCUGAGCAACGCAGAGGUCUCGGGAGGCCGAGAACUAGGAAUGUGGAACCCGAGCAAGCAGCUGGGAAUGCAGGCGUACCUUGGCAACAGAUAAUGCAACAGAUGCAACAGCAGAAUCAGAUGAUGAUGCAGAUGAUGCAAGGUAUGCAAGGACAACAACCUCCUGCUCCAGUUCCUGUUUCACAAGCUCCAACAGGGCCAGAUUUUCGUGCUUUCUUCCGAAUGGAUCCUCCAGAGUUUGCAGGUGGCUUAGACCCAGUAGUAGCCCAUGAUUGGUUGGCUAGUAUGGAGAGGAUAUUCCAGGCAAUCCAGUACUGGCAUCAUUUCAAGGCGGCAUUUCUGGAGAAGUAUUUCCCUAACAGUGUUCGAACCCAAAGAGAAAGAGAAUUCCAGAAUUUCAAGCAAGGCAACUUGUCUGUCUCCGAGUAUGCUGAAAAGUUUGAAGACAUGGCUGAUUACUCACGACAGGCUGUUUAUGCUCCUGAUGAAUUAUGGAAGAUUGACCAAUUCUUGAUGGGUUUGAGGGCUGAUAUUGCUCAUAGUGUGUCCCAGAGGGAGUUUACUACUUAUGCUGAAUGUUUGAGGCAAUGUUAUGUUGCGGAGAACAGCCUAAAGAGGGUUCAAGAAGAGAGGAACCAGAACAGGACUAACUACAGGGAACAAGGGAAAUCUGCUCAACACCUGAAGCCCCGUGGUUUUCCACCAAAGAAGAAGCAAGGAUAUGGCGACCAAUCGGCUCAACCUCCUUAUUGUCACAAGUGCAAGAAGAAACAUGCUGGGGAGUGCGAACCUACUCCAAUUACUUGUUUCAGGUGUGGCGAGCCGGGUCACAAAUCCCCGUUUUGUCCAAAGAAGAAGGAUCAGGAGAAGACUACAGGUCGUGUUUAUACCUUAGAUGCAAGAAAGGCCAAAGGAAACAACAAUCUCAUCGCAGGUACUUGUUAUGUAAGCAAUCAACCCUUAUGUGUGUUAGUUGAUUGCGGAGCUACGCAUUCUUUUAUCUCUACCGAGUGUGCUUAUCGACUUGGUUUGGAAGUUACUCCCUUACCCGACCCUAUGGUCAUUUCUUCAGCCACGGACGAUACAGUGGAAGCUCGACUGAUUUGUAAGGAUUGUGCAGUGUAUUUUAAUGGUCGUGACUUCCCGAUCGAUCUAAUUUGUUUACCUCUUAAGAGACUUGAUGUCAUUCUUGGAAUGGAUUGGUUGUCUCUUAAUUCGGUAUAUAUUGGUUGCAAGGAAAAAGCCAUAUUCAUUCCUGCUAAAGAAACAUCCUCCGAUGAUGCAAUUACCAAGUUGAUUGAAGGUACGAUCAGCGUAGUCAAUUAUCUCUUUUCACAAGAAAGAUCUUUUCUUUUGGUUCUUUCCGAGGAGCCCUCCGUGAGAGUGGUAUUGUCGGAGAUACCUGUAGUGUGCGAAUAUCCUGAUGUCUUUCCUGAGGAUAUCACUUCUCUUCCUCCGGAAAGGGAAGCGGAAUUCUCAAUUGAUCUUAUUCCUGGUACUGCCCCAGUCACUAUAAAGAACAAAUACCCCUUACCGCGGAUUGAUGACCUCCUAGAUCAGUUGAAAGGAGCCAGUGUGUUCUCGAAGAUUGAUCUCAGGUCAGGGUAUCAUCAGAUUCGGGUUAAGAGUUCAGAUGUACCUAAGACUGCAUUCAGGACUCGGUAUGGUCAUUACGAGUUUUUAGUGAUGCCUUUUGGUGUGACUAAUGCUCCGACGGUUUUCAUGGAUUAUAUGAAUCGAAUUUUUCAACCGUACCUGGAUCAGUUUGUAGUGAUCUUCAUUGAUGACAUCUUGGUGUAUUCACGUUCAGCAUUACCAUUGACAAGACUUACUCGGAAGGAGGUUGCAUUUGAGUGGGACUCCGAAUGUGAGGAGAGUUUUCAGAAACUUAAGAAGAAAUUGACUACUGCACCUGUACUAGUGAUUCCAGACCCAGACCGAUCUUACGAAGUGUUCUGUGAUGCUUCUAAGAAAGGUUUAGGCGGAGUAUUGAUGCAAGACAGUAAAGUCGUGGCUUAUGCGUCUCGACAAUUGAAAUCUCAUGAAGAGAAUUACCCCACUCAUGAUCUGGAACUUGCUGCAAUAGUCUUUGCACUCAAGAUUUUCUAUUCAUCCUGGGUCGACCAAAAUGUAUCAAGAUUUGAAGAAAGACUUUGGUGGCCAGGAAUGAAGAAGGAGAUUGCAGAAUAUGUGGCACGGUGUCCUAUCUGCCAACAGGUUAAGAUUGAACAUCAGCGACCAGGCGGAAUGUUACAACCAUUAGAGAUACCGGUGUGGAAGUGGGAUUCCAUCUCUAUGGACUUCAUUGUGGGAUUACCUCGUGCUCGAGGCGGAUAUGAUUCUAUAUGGGUAAUAGUGGACAGGUUGACUAAGUCUGCUCACUUUUUGCCUGUAAAGACGACCCACAAGGUGAUACAUCUCGCGAGACUUUUCAUAGCGGAGAUUGUGCGGUUGCAUGGUGUACCAUCCAGUAUAGUGUCUGAUCGAGAUCCAAAGUUCACUUCAAGAUUCUGGAAGGCGUUCCAUAAUGAAAUGGGGACUAGACUGGACAUGAGUACUUCCAACCAUCCCCAAACUGACGGACAAACAGAAAGAACCAUUCAGACAAUAGAAGAUAUGUUAAGAGCUUGUAUUCUGGAAGAAGGUGGGAGUUGGAAGGAUCAUCUACCCUUGGUAGAGUUCGCAUAUAAUAACAGUUACCAUGCCAGCUUGGGUAUGGCUCCCUAUGAGGCUCUAUAUGGGAGGAAGUGUCGAUCUUUUGUGUGUUGGGCUGAAGUGGGAGAAAAGAGUAUCCUUGGACCGGAAAUUAUACGAGAGACCACUGAGAAGGUCAAAGUGAUUCAAGAUAACCUUAAGAAAGCUCAAGAUCGACAGAAAAAUUAUGCGGACAAACGAAGAAGACCUUUGGAAUUUGAAGUUGGAGACCACGUGUAUUUGAAGGUCACUCCGAGAUUGAGAUUGGGAGGGCCGUUCAGAACGCGUAAGCUUAGUCCGAGAUAUGUGGGACCCUACCAGAUUUUGAGUCGGGUAGGCGAAGUGGCGUAUCAGUUAGCAUUGCCACCUUCGCUAUCCUGUCUGCAUGAUGUGUUCCAUGUGUCUCAACUCCGAAGGUUCGUGCCUGACACUUUUCACCCCAUCCUCCCAGAUUCCGUUGAGGUAGAACCAGAUCUCUCCUAUGAUCCACAGCCCUGCGGUAUUUUGGAGCAUGCUAGCAAGUCCCUAAGGAACAAAGAGAUACCUCUCGUGAAAGUGUUGUGGGACGAAGCGCGUCCUGAGGAAGCUACGUGGGAGCUUGAGUCGGAGAUGCGUGAAUCCUACCCUCAUUUGUUCUGGUAAGUCUUCGAAUUCGAGGACGAAUUCUA